AUGGCGUUCAUUAAAGAGGAGAGUGAAGAUGUGAAGAUUGAAGAAACAUUCACAGUCAAACAGGAAGAUCUGCAGGAACAAACAGACCUAAUUGAAGAGAAGGAGAGGAGUAAAGAGGAGGAACAUCAUGUCAAAAUUGAGGAAAAAACUCAUUUACAGACUGAUGGUAUAUUGAAAAGGAGAGACAAAAAUAGUUUCACCUGCACUCAGUGUGGAAAGAUUUUGGCAAGCAAAAGCAAACUUAAGGUUCACAUGAGGAUCCACACUGGAGAGAAACCAUUCACAUGCACUCAAUGUGGGAAGAGUUUCAGCAUAUCAUCAUCCCUUAAUCUACACAUGAGGAUCCACACUGGAGAGAAACCAUUCACAUGCACUCAGUGUGGGAACAGUUUCAGCCACUUAUCACCUUUUAAUAAACACAUGAGGAUCCACACUGGAGAGAAACCAUUCACAUGCACUCAGUGUGGGAAGAGUUUUAGCUUAUCAACAUCCCUUAAUCUACACAUGAGGAUCCACGCAGGAGAGAAACCAUUCACAUGCACUCGGUGUGGGAAGAGUUUCAACUGCUCAUCAAACCUUAGUAAACACAUGAUGAUCCACACUGGAGAAAAACCAUUCACGUGCACUCAGUGUGAGAAGAGUUUUAGGAUAUCAUCAUCCCUUAAUCUACACAUGAGGAUCCACACUGGAGAGAAACCAUUCACAUGCACUCAGUGUGGGAACAGUUUCAGCCAAUCAUCAUCUCUUAAUAAGCACAUGAGGAUCCACACUGGAGAGAAACCAUUCACAUGCACUCAGUGUGGGAAGAGUUUCAACCGAUCAGAACACCUUAAUCUACACAUGAGGAUCCAUACCGGAGAGAAACCAUUCACAUGCACUGAGUGUGAGAAGAGUUUUACCUGCUCAUCACACCUUAAUCGACACAUGAGGAAACACACUGGAGAGAAACCAUAUGCAUGCACUCAGUGUGGGAAGAUUUUCAGCCACAAAAGCAAACUUAAGAUUCACAUAAUGAUCCACACCGGAGAGAAACCAUUCACAUGCACUCAGUGUGGGAAGAGUUUCAACCAAUUAUCUCACCUUAAUUAUCACAUGAUGAUCCACACUGGAAAGAAACCAUUUGCAUGCACUCAGUGUGCGAAGAGUUUCAAGCAAUCAUCACACCUUAAUCUACACAUGAUGAUCCACACUGGAGAGAAACCCUUCACAUGCACUCGUUGUGGAAAAAGUUUUAACUGCUCAUCACACCUUAAUCAACACAUGAGGAUCCACACUGGAGAGAAACCAUACGCAUGCACUCAGUGUGGGAAGAGUUUCAACCAAUCAUCUCACCUUAAUUAUCACAUGAUGAUUCACACUGGAAAGAAACCAUUCACAUGCACUCAGUGUGCGAAGAGUUUUAACCAAUCAUCACACCUUAAUCAACACAUGAGGAUACACACUGGAGAGAAACCAUACGCAUGCACUCAGUGUGGGAAGAGUUUUAACUGCUCAACAAACUUUGAUAACCACAUGAGGAUCCACACUGGAGAGAAACCAUUCACAUGCACUCAGUGUGGGAAGAGUUUCAGCCAAUUAUCCAACCUUAAUCUACACAUGAUGAUCCACACUGGAGAGAAACCAUACGCAUGCACUCAGUGUGGGAAGAGUUUUUACUGCUCAACAAACCUUAAUCACCAUAUGAGGAUCCACACUAGAAAGAAACCAUUCACCUGCACUCAGUGUGGAAAGAGUUUGACAAGCAAAAGCAAACUAAAGACUCACAUGAUGAUUCACACUGGAGAGAAACCAUUCACAUGCACUCAGUGUGGGAAGAGUUUCAGCCAAUCAUCAUCCCUUAAUAAGCACAUGAGGAUCCACACUGGAGAGAAACCAUUUACUUGCACUCAGUGUGGGAAAAGUUUCAGCCGAUCAUCAUCCCUUAAUCAACACAUGAGGAUCCACACUGGAGAGAAACCAUUCACAUGCACUCAGUGUGGGAAUAGUUUCAGCAAAUUAUCAUCGCUUUAUAGACACAUGAAGAUCCACACCGGAGAAAAACCAUUCACAUGCACUCAUUGUGGGAAGAGUUUCAGCCAAUCAUCAUACCUUAAUCUACACAUGUGGAUCCACACUGGAGUGAAACCAUUCACCUGCCCUCAGUGUGGGAAGAAUUUUAACCAAUCAUCAUACCUUAUUAAACACAUGAGGAUCCACACUGAUGUGAGAGAGUAUAUGUGCUUGGAGUGUGAGAAGACUUUUAUUACAGCUGCAGAAUUGAAACGGCACCAGAGGAUUCACACUGGAAAGAAACCGUAGUCAUGAUCAGUGUGUACAGAGUUUCAUUCAUUCGGGGGAGCUUAAGAAACACAUGUGAUGGUUUCCGGUAUGGUGUCGAUACGUGUAGGAGCAUAGAAAGAGAGCUCCCAUACACACUGAUAUUAAUCCUCCUUUUUACAUUAUUAAUAACCUAAACCAUAUGAAGGGGGGCAAAAGCAAAAAGGCUAGGACAAAAUCACUAUUGAAACUUGAAAAAAAAAAAAAAAAAACGAGAACUCAACAUAUGAAAAAUCCGACACGGACGGGAUAGGUGAUAGCCUGUCAACUACGGACAUCAAAGCUUUCCAGAUGGAUUUAAAUCUGAUUUAACCAGAUUUAAGCAAGUAACUUUUAUUAAAUUUAAGCAAGAAAUAAAAAAACUGGAUGGCCUCAUCACGGACCUAAACGCAACAGCAAAAAACAUCAAUGAAGUGGAGCAGCGAGUUGGAGAAUUGGAGGAGAAUGUUGCUAAGAUAAUAGAAAACAUACAAAAGUAACUGUUAAGUCUAUAAACACGCUCUCGUCGAAAUAAUAUUCAGAUCUUUAGAAUCCCAGAAAGAAGCAUAGGCAAUAAUAUCCAAGACUUGGUGGAAACUAUUAUCAAAACGGAGCUGUCACUCAACGAAUUGGACCUUAAAAUCCAACAUUUUCACCAGACACUCGGACCAAAACCACCCGCUGAUGCCACCCUAGAUCAGUGGUGGUAUUCAUCCUGGAAUACAAAACGAAGGACCCGGUCCUCCGCUCUGCAUGGAGGAAGAAAGUAAUAUACUGGAACAAAAAAAAAAGAUUUU